AUGACUGGUCGGAUGCCAUCACCUCAGAAGACCUCCUACUUCAUCGAUGUGCCUGACCACAUCUUGCAGAGAAUUUUCUCCUUCAUCCCCUCACGGAUCUUUCAUGGGAUGACUGUCUGCCAUCGUUUCAGAGAGCAGCUGCUACUUGCAGAGAACAUCACCAUCCACAUCAGGCAUGGAAAGGAGGAGCUGGUACAGUCCGAAGCAAUCCUCCGGUUCAAGAUGGCGAAAGUUGACCUCGUUUUGCCUGGUCUGGAGUCAGUGAGAAAUUCAAAGUUCCUCACCUCCCUGAUCAAGUCCAAGUGGACGAGACUGAGGAUCAUGGACCUGUCUGGCAACAACUUCAUCAGGCAGCCGAGCACGAUGUUCGCGUCUGACGUGAGGGCCCUGCCAGACCUUAUCGCAAGGAGCACGUGCCUGACAGACUUGGUCCUCUCCAACAACUGCCUGAAGCACUCAGGCCUCCGUCUUAGAUCGAUUCUAGAGUGCAGGAAGACUGUAGAGUGCAGGCAGACUUUGGAGCACCUGCGAUCGCUGUCCUUGUCGAACAUGUCGCUUUCGGCAGAGGACUUCUCCUUCGUGGCUCAGCUCCUUGAUUCUUGCCAUUCGAUCCUCCAUCUUGACAUCUCACGGAAUUGCAUGUGCGACAGAGGCGCUCUGAAUCUUGCCAGAGGUCUGAAGAGCUGUCGCCAACUUGUUUCCUUGGACAUGGGCGGGUCGUGCUGCAAGCACAACAUCAUCCGGUCGCACGUGCUUGAGAAAGUUCUUGUCGCCUUGUCUCACUGCAAGUCCCUCGAGAGAUUGAGCAUAAGCUACUCGACCUUGAAUUGUUCGGAUUUCUUCCUCGUUGCCCGGUUUCUGCAUGCAGCACAGGGACUGAUCAGCCUCAACCUUGAAGGAAACUGUCCCCAGCAACCCGAGAUGUCAAACCAACAUGACAUCAGCACAGGCCUAGCUGAAGUCUGCAAGUCGCUGUCGCUCAGAGCCAACAUACAAGAGCUGUGGAUGGGCGACAACAAUAUCGGCACAGGAUCGAUGAACCAGUUCGUCUCACAGAUGACACGCCUCCUUGAGCAGACUAGGGAUCUGAGAGUCUUGAACUUAUCGAAGCCUUGGACAGACUCUGGCCCUCACGUUAUUAUCGCACUAGCGCCGUACAUAGGAAAAUGCUCGUCCCUCACCUCCCUCGAACUCUCCGAGUUUGGCGACCAUCGGCUGGGCAUCGACGACUUUCCGCUGGACGAGGGAGGGAUAGCGAAGGAGAACGGCAGCGGCAUCACUCGCCUGUGCGAGCACCUGUCCCUCCUAACUUCGCUCCGGUCGCUCACUCUGGCAGGCAAUCACAUCGCCAACGGAGGUGCCCUGGAGCACGUCCUGCGAUCCAACAAGAACAUCACCUACCUCGACCUCUCCGGCAACUACCUCCUUGCCCAGGGCUCCGGCUCCAUGGCCCGGGGCCUCCAGACUUGCGUGCACUUGGCGACCCUGCGGCUGGGAAGCAGACUAGAAAAAGACUGGCAGAGCCAGAACCAGGAAGAAUGCGCCAAGGUGCUGGAGGGGAUAUCAACUUCAAAUUUAACGGAACUAAGGAUCCAGAACAGACUGUCGUCACAGUCUUCCUGCAGAAGGCUGUCCGACAUUCUUUACCUCAACCGCUGCUUGACGUGCCUGGACAUGUCCAACAACAGGAUCGGGUGGAGUGGGGCUGAGACACUCUCAGCGCACUACCUGAGCUCCGCUCGGCACCUAAGGCAUCUGUUCCUCACGGGGAAUCAUCUAGGGAUGAUGGGAAUCGAGACGAUAGUGUCUGCCCUCUGCAAGAGCUGCCCUCCCCUGCUCCACCUGGACCUCAGCAAGAACCAGGCCUUCAAGUGCAAGAAGAAAGCUACGGGCAAGAAUGACAUGCCGGGUGGUAUACGGGAGCAAGGAGUUGGGGAGGGAGGACGAGGACGAAGCAUUCUUUGCUCGAUCAAGAGGUUGUUGUUCCACUGUCCUUCCCUCGAAGUCCUCGACCUGAGUCGCAACCACUCCUGUACCGACACUUGCAAAGUUGCGCUUGAGCAGAUGCUGAGCUCGAAGGGGCUUCCGAGUGAUGUCGUUUUCUUCAGCUACCAGAAUCUCAACGAGAGGCACGUGGUCUUUCGAUGA